AUGAAAUUCUUCAUGGAGGCUAUCUGUUCCUGGAUAAAAAAUCCAGUAGUGAUGAAGCCAUGGGACGCCUACUCUGAUUAUUCAAAAGAUGAUGUACGCUCAGUUCCGAUAUGGAUUCAACUACAUAAUUUGGAUUUGAAGUAUUGGGGAGAGCGAUCUUUAUUCAAAAUUGUUGGGCAACUGGGUACACCAUUGAUGCUUGAUCAAAUAACCAAAGAUAAGGACAGGCUCAGUUUUGCUAGGGUGCUGAUUGAAGUACAGAUGGGUCAAGACUUUCCUGAUACUUUAUCAUUUACGAAUGAGAUUCAUCAGGAUAUUGAAGUGAAGGUUAAGUAUGAAUGGCUUCCUAUUGUCUGUGACGAUACUGUGGAAAAUGGAGAUGGUUUUCAGAAAGUUAAAAAGGGAUGGAAAAAGGUUCAAACAGAGGCAAAUGUGAUAGAAUUGGCUAACAAUUUUCAGGUUCUUGAAGAUUCAGGUGAAUGCUCAAAGACAAAUCAGGACAGUGAGGUGCUAUUAGUUGAUAUAACUGGGGGAGGGGGAGUACCUCCUAUUCCCCAUGGAUAG